AUGUAUAGUUUAUUUUAUUUUACAAUCUUAGCUGAUUAUCCUAAAUUAACUGGAUUACAUAAUCAAUUAAAAUUGAAUCCAGGUUUAUCUAUAAUACCAAAUUCAAAUUAUUUAACAAGUCUUAUACAUUUUUAUACAUCAAAUCCUGUAUCUUAUUCAUCUAUGAUAGAUGAAAUGACUGGAUUUUUAUCUUAUUAUCAAUAUCAUAUUAUUGGUGGUAUGUUUGAAUCAUGUGAAAUUAAUACAAAAUUAUUAAAUAUGAGACGUCCAUGUCGUUUUAAUUUAGAUUCAAGUGGUCCAUGUAAUUUAAAAAAUGGUUAUGGUUAUUAUGAAGGUAAACCAUGUUUUAUUAUUAAAUUAAAUCGAAUUUAUGGUUGGUUACCAAUACCUAUAAAUAAUUAUACUAAUAUAUUACUUAAAUGUGAAGGUUUAACAAAACUUGAUUCAGAUUAUUUAGGUAAAAUAUGUUAUUAUGAUAGUGAUUCAUUAAAACAAUAUCAUUCAUUAAAUAAUGAUAUAGAUUGGUGUAAUAAAAAUUAUGGUAUUUAUGAUUCAAUGUUUUAUCCUUAUUUAAAUCAAGCUGGUUAUCAAUCACCAUUAGUAUUUGUACAUUUUAUUAAUCCUAAACGUCAUGUUAUUAUAUGGAUAAAAUGUUAUGCAUUAGCUAAAAAUAUUCAUGUUAAUAUUCAUUCAAAUGAAGGUUCUAUUGUAUUUCAAAUACUCGUUGAUUAG